GGCCGCUGCGUCGAGGAGAAAACCUCUAUAUAUGGGCGAACGUUCUACCAGGUGAGCUACCCAGACGCCCAGCAUUUUACUCUCAUCUGGACAAUUUAAGCCCCAGUGGACAGAUAAUCAUCUAAGCUACCACACAGAAAGUAUUACACACAAGCAAUGCAGUUAGGAGUAAUUCAAACAUACAGUAUGUGACUUGUCACUAUCUGAAGGUAGACAUAUGUCAGAUCAUUCACACAGUAAUAUCUUGAUAUUUGAAUUUUCACAUGCAUAAGAUAAGAAAACUGUUACUUUUGGUAUUGUUAAUUGUAUUGCUCACUCCUGUGUGCCAUUUCUUGGAAUUUGUAUCUCCUCAACAUGAAUGACCUUGUCAUUCAAGUCUGAGAAAAAGAGGCACAGACGGAUUUAAGAAAGAAAGAAAGAGAGAUUGUUUUUUUCAGCCAAAAGAUUGAUUUUGGGUGAAACGAGAGAGAUGGUUCCUGUGGAAAAAAAGUGGAGGCUGAAGGAGCGUAUGUUUUUGUGCACAGAGCCAGGGGGGUCGCAGCAAAAGACAGACAGGAUGAGAGAGUAGAGCAGAGAGAUUUCAUCGACAUCGUCAAAAUGUACAGCUUUCAUAAUGAGUCAUCGCUGACAUUUUAUGAAUAAUCCCCUGACACACUUCUGGUCCCCUGCUCAUUCUCACACUCAGAGGGUCCCAGGUUACACCUUGUCUCACCAGCUCGUCCGCAAUGCAGCCACUCUGUUUUUUUGCUUUUACUUUCCUGGUCAGUCUCUCUUUCCUCUCUGCUGUGCUUUCCAUAGACUGCAAUGAAAGAGAAUACGAAUGGCCAGUGGAACAACCCAACUUAUGCUGUGGCAAAUGUCCACCAGGCAAACAUGUGGUUCGGCGUUCAGAGACAACUUGUGAAAUUGAGUGUGAAUCUUGCACAAAGGAACUGUUCAAUGAAAAGUACAACGUAAAAAUGGCCUGCGACUAUUGUGAAAAUUGCGAUAAACCAAACAUGGAGUACAUCUCACACUGUAAUGUCACUCAUAACGCUGUGUGCAGAUGUAAAGAUGGCUACAGAUGCACAGACCAAUCCUGCAAACAGUGUGUGCCGAUACCAUCCUUCACCACCAAACCUACACUCCCUCCAUCCACUACAGCCCUGAAAUCUGGAGCCUACCACACAGGAAUUGCACUCAUUGUUGUAAUAAAAAUCAAGCCCUUUCUGCACUGGAUCAAAGCAAAGCACAGUUACCUUUUGGCUAAAGAACCUGUACCAGUACCACCAUUCUCCGAGGACGAAGAAGUAUCCAAGCCUGUCCAGGAAGUGCGAGGGAAAUGUGAUGUAUGAAUUCAAGAGCCUGAACUUGGAUAAGCGAGAAUUUAAGGGAAACAUCUCUCUUUGCUUUGGACAUUAAUGAUGUGGGCAAACGCCACUCGGCCCAUGCUGACGAAUGGAACCACAGAAAACGUUUUUUCCAAGCCUGAUCCUGUUUUCUGGAAGGAAUCAUGACUGUUUGACAUCUGUGACUUUCGGAUGACAAAAGUG